AACAUUUUGCGAGAGAGAGAGAGAAAGAGAUUUGUAAUUUGAGUCCUAUGAGAGAGAAAGAACAAAAGUCACUAUGGAGCCCAAGAGAGAGAAAAUGCAUAUUCCUCUUGCUACAACAACAACAACAGCAGAGGUGGAACACCUCCAGAUUUUCUCCUCUCCUCCAAAUCCAUGCCUUCAUUCUCCGCAACGCCCUCGAAUCCAACCUCCACCUCCUCACCAACUUCAUCGCCACCUGUUCUUCCUCCUCCGCCGGAAUUCACCACGCUCGCCGCUUAUUCGAUCAAAUACCCCAAAAACACGACCCAUUUCUCUGCAACACCAUGCUAAGAGCUCAUCUGGGUAUGCGUCAAUUCAUUGAAACCAUUACUCUGUAUCGACAUCUUAAGAGGAACACUGGUUUUGUGCCCGAUAACUACACUUUUUCAUGGUUGGCCAAGUCUUGUGCUUCGACUUUGGCCUCUUGGGAGGGUCUACAGAUUCAUAAUCAUGUUAUUAAAACUGGGUUUUGCUCAAAUUUAUUUGCGUCGACAUCCUUGGUUGAUAUGUAUGCGAAGUUUGGAUUCAUGGGUUGUGCAAGAAAGGUGUUUGAUGAAAUGUCUGAAAGAAGUCAAGUGUCUUGGACAGCUCUGAUUUAUGGGUAUGCCCGGAAGGGAGAUAUGGACAAUGCUAGGGAAUUUUUUAAUGAAUCGCCCGAUAAGGAUUCGGCAACGUAUAAUGUGAUGAUUGAUGCUUGUGUCAAGUCAGGAGAUAUGGACUCUGCUCGUUGUUUGUUUGAUGAGAAUCCAGAAAGGAAUGUGGUGUCUUGGACUAGUAUGGUUGAUGGGUAUUGCAAUAUUGGUGAUGUUGGUUCUGCUAGAUUGUUAUUUGACGCAAUGCCUGAGAAGAAUUUGUUUUCUUGGAAUGCCAUGAUACGUGGAUAUUGCCAAAAUAAACAGCCCAAUGAAGCAGUGAGACUGUUUCAUGAAAUGCAAUCUACAACAACGUUUGAACCAGAUAAAGUUACCAUAGUUAGUGUUCUUCCAGCUAUUGCCAAUUUGGGUGCUUUGGAAGUGGGUAAUUGGGUUCACCAGUUUGUCAGGAGGAAGAAGCUCGAUAGAGCAACAAACGUUUGCACUGCACUAGUAGAUAUGUAUGCCAAAUGCGGUGAAAUUACAAAAGCGAGAGAAGUUUUUGACGCGAUGCGUGAAAAAGAAACGGCUACUUGGAAUGCUUUGAUAAAUGGGUUGGCAAUCAAUGGGUGUGCCGGAGAAGCAUUGGAGGUAUUUUUGGAUAUGAAACACUUUGGAUUUAAGCCAAAUGAGAUAUCCAUGCUUGGUGUUUUGUCUGCUUGUAACCAUAGCGGUUUAGUUGAGGAAGGCAGGAGGUGGUUUAAAGCUAUGAAAGAAUUUGGGCUCGAGCCAAGAAUUGAGCACUAUGGUUGUAUGGUAGAUCUUUUGGGUCGAGCAGGGUGUUUAGAGGAAGCCGAGAAGUUGAUUGAAAGUAUGCCUUAUGAAGCUAAUGGGAUUAUACUUAGCUCUUUACUAUUUGCUUGUGGGUAUGCCAAGGAUGUUACGAGGGCAGAGAGAAUAAGACAGAAGGUUAUUAAAAUGGAGCCAUGGAAUGAUGGGAACUAUGUAAUGUUGAGGAAUUUGUAUGCCGAGGAGAGAAGAUGGAGAGAUGUGGAGGAAAUUAAAGGAGAGAUGAGUAGAGGAGGUGCUAAGAAAGCAGCUGGUUGUAGCGUCAUUGAGGUUGAUAGUAGGGUGUGGGAGUUCAUAGCUGGGGGUAAAUUGCAUCCGAAGUGGGGCGCAAUAAAUUCAGUCCUGGGGAAUUUGUUGAUGCAUAUGAAAGGAGAAUGACUUACUGAAGAACUAAAGAGGGAAAUUGUUGUUGAAGCUUGCGCAAAGCACAAGCUAAAAUGAGUGCUGAUUUGUGUUUCUGUAUUGUAUAUACAUUAACUUAAAAAGAUGAAAGGAAUUUGGUGGUGAAUCAAAUGAUCAAAUCAGGUAAA